AUGAGCGCUGGCAAUAUCGAGGUGGAUGCGGUGAAUGCCAAGGUGAUCUGGCGCGUGCCGAAUGCAGAGUGCCAAGGAGUUGCUCGUGAUCAGUGCCUCACGCGAGAGGUGGACUUUCUGGGUGUGCAGGUGAAGCUGGACCUCUAUCCCCAAUCAUGCCAGGCACACAGUCGCCCUGUCCUUCGACUUCAGAAUCCCGAUUAUGCCAAUGUGUGGUUGACAUUCAAGGUGGUUUGGAACGGCAAGCAGCUUCUGAACAACAACUACAUCGAACGAGAUCGCUACUGGGAACAUCCUAGCAACAUCCAAGCCGAGGAUUUUGAGAUCGACAUCUACUGUCAUGAUGCCAAUAGCAGACAUGUACUGCGGUAUUUGGCGGAAAAACAGCGCAGAGAAGAAUCUGAAGCAAAGGCAGAGCGCUUAGCUUCAGAGGUCAGCCGCUUCCAUGCUUUGAUGAAGGCAGGGAGCGACCAGGCAGCCGAGCGGGCGUGCCGCUUGACCCGUUCCGCGGUGAAGAUCCAGGCCAAGUGGCGCCAGGUGUCGACGAGGAGAUGGUUUCUGCAGGAACGGUCUGAGAAAGUCUGGCGAACCCAGCAGAUUAAGUUUCAGGCAGAGACUCCGUACGAUGCCAUCCUGGCUUGUGAUUCUUUGGCAAAGUUUCUGGAGGAAGGCAAGAUUGAAUUCCUCCAGAAGGCGGAGUCGCAUUUUGAAGUUGCGACGGAGAGUGCAAACCGAUAUCGCAUCAUUGCAGUCGUCGGCCUUUUUGACAAAGGCAAGACGUGGCUGCUGAACAAGUUGUUCGGUGUGAACUUACCUGCCGGAAAGCUUUGCACUACCAGGGGCUUGAGCUUCCUUUGGAUCAAAGAGCGCCGAAUGCUGUUAAUAGAUUCUGCUGGCGUGCAGUCCACCGUCUCCUAUCGAAAGCAAGCUGUGGAUGCCAUCCAUGAUGCGAUGACCACCGAAUCGUUGGUGUUCAAGGUGAUUAGCAGGAUUUCUCACCAAAUGAUUUUCGUGGUCAACGACUUGACGUGGUUCGAGCAGAAGUACCUGGAGAUGCUCCAUCAGAACUACGUGCAGUGCAAGAAGCAAAAGGAAUUGAUUGUAGUCCACAACUUGCGCAACACUUCGGACUUGAAAGAGGCCACAGAGCUCUUCAGGGGUCAAGUGAUGCAGUGCUAUGAUGGAGAACCUUCACACUUAGGCGGGCUCAACUUCACUGCAUUUCGCGGGGAAGAAGCUCCCCCAGUGCAUCACGUCGGACUCUGCUAUGAGUUUUCGAAGGCUGGCGAUGAGUUCAACGCGAAGAAUCGAGAGCAUUUGCUGCAGAGUCUGGAACUUGGCAACAGACUUGGAACCACCAUGGCACUCACUGACAUUCUGCAGUCUGAGUUUUCCGCGCUCUUGCCCAAGUAUGUCAACAUCGAAACCACUCUCCCAGAGGAGUCAGUGGUGCGUUCAGCGGUUUCGGAGCAAACCAUUUCCGUGUCCUUUGAGAAGUUGGCAGAAGGCCACAAUGGUCGUGCGGGUACCUUCAACAUGCACGUGUCGCCCAAGACUUCUCGAGUGACCACCAAAACCCGCGGCAUCGUCUCGGCGUUGGGGGAGAUCAUCGCGCACAACACCGGCUUUGAGCCCCUUGUGAACAUAUACGACAAAGAGCUUGAAGAUGGCAAAGGCUUGCAUCGCUUUAUUUGCAUCGAGUGUCCCGGCGUCAGCGAGGAUGAAAUCGACAUCAUCUCGGACGACGUUCCCAACGGCGUGAAGGUGGUGAUCAACAAGAAACCGUCCAUCAAAGAAGGUGCGGUUCGAAAGGUUGAGCCCAUCAGGCAAACGCAAGGAGUCUGGAUGCAAGAAUUCAGCUGGGAUCAAUCUGAGGGCUGCUUCAAAGCCUGUGAAGACGAAACCACGCUGGAGCACGGCGUCCUGACCAUUGUGCUGAAGAAAGCAGUGCCAAAAAAGUGGCGUGUUGGCAAAGCCAAUGGACGAUCUGAUGGGUCUGGACAAGGCCAAGCUCCGUCCCCGGCAGGAUCCUCUUUCACAGGAUCCUCCUGGAUCAAACCGUCGGAACUGACCUUGGAACCGACGGCCGAGUCGCUGCUCCAACCAACGUUGGCAUCGACGGCGGAGCCAGCGCUGGAGAUGUUGGCCGGACGAGCUGCAGGUGCUUGA